UGUUCAUUGACAAUAACCCGUUUAUCGUUAUUAACACCUUUACCAACUGAUAUGUCAUCAUUAUCAUUAGCUGUUAAAAUGCAAAGUUCUAAAAGAACAUUACGAUCUCAUGAAAUUCCUGUGCCACAGCAAUCAACAACAAAUAAUAGUAUAACAGCAAUAACAACAACAUCAAGUAUAUCAUCGACAGCAUCAACGAUAACAUCAUCUGCAGCAAUAACAAAUAAUACACAAAUAAGUGGUAUUACUACUCAAGGAUAUAAUUCAAUUCAACAACAACAACAGCAACAGCAGCAACAACAACAGCAACAACAACAGCAUCAACAACAACAGCAACAACAAUUACAACAACAGAAUCAUCAACAAAAUCUUCAUAGUGGUAUUGGAGAUGGUAAUACAAUAAGUAUUAUGGGUAAUGCUCAUACGAAUGCUACCGGUGCUGGUAUUAAUUUGAAUACAACAUCAAUUGGUGUUAGUGGUGGUGUUAAUAUUAUAAAUACAACAUCUGGUCAAGGUAAUAUCAGUGGUAAUAAUAGUACAAGUACAAGUACAAUACCAGCACCAUUAUUGGAAACCGACCUAGAUUUACAUUUUAGUUUACAAUAUCCGCAUUUUAUAAAACGAGAUGGAAACAGGCUUGUUAUACUGUUACAACGACGUAAAAAAUACAAAUCACGAACAAUAUUAGGUUAUAAAACAUUAGCUGAGGGUGUUAUAAGAAUGGAUGCUGUUUUACAAAAAUCAAUGGAUAUGGCUGUGGAAUUAAUGGCAACUGGUAAAAGUGGUAGACCAGGUACAACAGUUGCAAUAUUAAGGGCUGAAAGAGUAUCAUCAAUUCCAGUUGAUCAUGACAAUAAAAAUAAUAAUAGUGUUUCACUAACAGAUCGUGUUAACGAAUACUCAGAUGAUGAAGAGGAAGGAGAAUUCAGUUCUGGUGAAGAUAAUGAUGAUGCCAUUGAUGUUGGUUUAUCUAGUUAUGAAGGCGGUGUUGGUGGUGUUGUUGGUACUAAUAAUAAACGUGAUUAUUCAACAAAACAUGAAAUGCGAAAAUAUCGUAAACUUCAACGAUCUAGUAAUAAUCCAGAAGGUGAUGGUGAUGUUGAUGGUGUCGGUAAUUUAGGCACAAAUCAAGGUGAUAGUGAUAGUGAAUUCGAAAUGAAAGAUAAAGGUUUAUCAAGAGCUAAAAUAAGUCGAACAAUUUCUCUGCAGCAACGUAAUUUCAAACAAAAAAUUGUUGCAUUAUUAAAACGUUUUAAAGCUACCGAAGAAUUAGAUGGUGGAGUUAAUCGUGGCACAGCAACAUUACGUGGGGAACGUGAAUUGGAUGCAUUAUUUCAAGAAUUAGAAUCGCUAUCAUGCGGUGAAGGUGAUGAUUCCGGUCCAGAUUUAGAUAGUUUAUCAAUUGGAUCAACACCAAAGCCAUCAAUAAGGCCAUUCUUUACAAAUUCAAGGACUAUGUUACAUGAUAAUGUUACAGCUAAUAUAACUGAUCGUAAUGAUAGUUCUGGUAAUGAAGGAUAUGCUGGUAAUACAGAUCCAGAAGGACAAAAUUCAGAUCCACAAAAUACUGGAAGUCCACCACGUGAUAAAGAAUUACAUCAUCAUCAACAACAACAGCAUCAACAAAUGUUACAAAUGCAACAACAACAAACACCUGUAACAAAUGAAAAACGAAGUCGAUUGUUUCGUACCUCAAGUAGUACACCUAGUAGUGGUAGUAAAAAGAAACAAUCUCUUAGUCUUUCAGCUGAACCAAAAUCAGUAUUAGAGACAUGUUUGUCUCCAACGAAUGUUGAACCCCGAAAAUUAUUAUUAGAUCAAUUGAGUAAAGUAUUUUCAGUUGAUGAAGCAUUAUUACCGGACGUUGUGACAAUAAUAAGCCCACCGGAAGCAUGUGGUAGUCAUUUAGCUGCACGAUUAAAUCCAAUUUUUACUCAAACAUUUCGUCCGGCAUUUAUACCACAGAAUACAGCCGAAGUAAAAGCUGUAUUACAGGCGCUAAUGACAAAAAUUCAAAAAUAUUGCAAUUCAAAUGCAAAACCACCAACAACUAUUAAAAUAUUAUUAUUGGGUGGUGAUUGGUUACAAGGUGCUGCAUUAAGGCAUUAUGUUGAAUUAUUAGGUGUUCGCCCACCAGAUUGGGUUCAUCAUUUACGAUUUUAUAUUGUUCCUAUCGUCAGAAACAUCGGUAAAACUUACCACAUUAAAAAAGCUCCUGGAGUUGGUAUGGUAAAAUCUUACAGCUCUAGUGCGAUAGUGUGUUCUAGUAAUGUUUCUAGUUCUAUAUCACGUCAUUUAAGCUCAAUUGAUCAAUCCUAUCAACAAAUGUUUGGUACAGAAAAUUGGCAUCAACUAUGUGAACGUGCCGCAAACAUUGAAUCUAAUCUAGUCAAACCCGAUAUUUUAGAACUAACAAAUCGUAUACAACGAUAUUUACAUACAGCUGGUCCAUGCACACAAAUUCCAAUUGCUGAAGCAAUGGUCAAUUAUAAAGAUGAAGAUUCAUGUCAAAUAUUUGUACCAUUUGUUAGCGAUGUUCGAAUAGGCAAUCCAGAGGGACCGAAUUUAUCAUUGGAUUUAGAUGAAGCAAAUUCAUUAUUAUCAAAUAGUCAACAACCGUCAUCGUUAAUAAACAGUGGGCAAACAAUAACUGGUGGAAAUAUGGUUAUUAAUAGUGGUCCAGCUAGCAACAAUACAGUUAUUUCAAGUUCACCGCCGCUUAGUGGCCGAAACUCUCCACCAAUGCCAAUGACACCAGCAUCACACAAAGAUAAAGAACUGCAACAAUUGCAACAAUCAAUACAACAAAUGCAAUCAACGAGUGGUCAGGAACCAGUUGAAUUGCAAAUUGAUUAUUGGCCAAUUAUAAAACCGGGUGAUAUUAAGGAUAAAAAUAUGUCAAAAGGUGGUGAUCAAGGCAAAAAUAGUAUAAAAAGUAGUUUUCGUAAUUUACAAGUAUGGAGAUUACCAACAAAUCCUCAAAUUGGUGAAAUAUCAAAUGGUUUAACUGUUACAUUUGCUACAAAGGAGAAGAAACAAAAAAUCAUGAGACUGGGAAAAAAGAAAGAAAAAGAUCGUGAUCAGGAAAAAGAACAAUGUGUUGAAGGAGUCUCACGUUUAAUUUGCUCACCGAAACAAUCACAUCCAAUACCACUAAGAGUUUAUAUUGACGGAACCGAAUGGACUGGUGUUAAAUUUUUCCAGUUAUCAUCACAGUGGCAAACUCAUGUUAAAAACUUUCCUGUAGCCCUUAUCGGUGCACCAAUCCAGUUGUCUGAUUUAACCUAGUCAACAUAAAUUUUUUUUUUUAAAAAGAUGAAUUAAAAUUUUCAUAUUUCAAAAAUAUAAAAAAAAAAACAGAACAUCAACUAAUAAAUUAAAAUUUUCUCAUUUAUUAAAGCAAAAUUUUUCAAUAAAAUUUUGCAAAAUAUUGCAUUUUAUAUAUAUUGUUUGUAUAAUAAAAAAAAAAACAUAAUAAAUAAUAAUAAACUACAAUAAUUGUAUUUAAUAAAUAUCACAGCAAUUAAAACUAUUAAUUAUAGUAGAAAAAUAAUAAUUAACAUGUAAAAUUUAAAAUUGAAAAGCAAAUGUAUAAAAUAACAUACAUAAUAUAAUUAUAAAUAAAUGUAUAUAUAUAUACGAAUAUGUACAUGUUAUAUUUAAUAUUAUGUAAAUUUUAUAAUAAUAAAAUAAUAACAUAAAAGAGAAUUUAUAAAGAGAAAAACAAAAUGUUUGGAAUAUUAUAUAUAGAAAUAUAAUAUGUAAUUUACACACAAAAAUAAAAAUAAUAGAUAGUAAGGUUACAAGAAAUAUUAAUUGUAGAACUCAUUUUACAUAAUAAUUUUAGUUUGAACCAAAUUAAUAAUU